AUGCCCGACGCCCUGGACCAGGUCAAGGCCAGGGUGAUCCGCAUCUUCCCCUUUUUAAGGAGACGCUUAGGUCGCGGGCCUGCAGGUCCCGCCCCGGCCUGCCUCCUGCUGAUGCUCCUGGCCCUGCCCCCAGCUGCCCCCAGCUGCCCCAUGCUCUGUACCUGCUACUCGUCCCCGCCCACCGUGAGCUGCCAGGCCAACAACUUCUCGUCGGUGCCGCUGUCCCUGCCGCCCAGCACGCAGCGCCUAUUCCUGCAGAACAACCUCAUCCGCACGCUGCGGCCCGGCACCUUCGGGCCUAACCUGCUCACUCUGUGGCUCUUCUCCAACAACCUCUCCGCCAUCUAUCCGGGCACCUUCCGCCACCUGCAGGCGCUCGAGGAGCUGGACCUCGGCGACAACCGGCACCUGCGCUCUCUGGAGCCCGACACCUUCCAGGGCCUGGAGCGGCUGCAGUCGCUACAUCUGUACCGCUGUCAGCUCAGCAGCCUGCCGGGCAACAUCUUCCGCGGCCUGGUCAGCCUGCAGUACCUCUACCUCCAGGAAAACAGCCUGCUCCACCUACAGGAUGACCUGUUCGCGGACUUGGCCAACCUGAGCCACCUCUUCCUCCACGGGAACCGCCUGCGGCUGCUCACGGAGCACGUGUUCCGCGGCCUGGGCAGUCUGGACCGGCUGCUGCUGCACGGAAACCGGCUGCAGGGCGUGCACCGCGCGGCCUUCCGCGGCCUCAGCCGCCUCACCAUCCUCUACCUGUUCAACAACAGCCUGGCCUCGCUGCCGGGCGAGGCGCUCGCUGACCUGCCGGCGCUGGAGUUCCUGCGGCUCAACGCCAACCCCUGGGCGUGCGACUGCCGCGCGCGGCCGCUCUGGGCCUGGUUCCAGCGCGCGCGCGUGUCCAGCUCCGACGUGACGUGCGCCACGCCCCCGGAGCGCCAGGGCCGCGACCUGCGCUCCCUCCGCGAGGCCGACUUCCAGGCCUGCCCGCCCGCCGUGCCCACGCGGCCCGGCAGCCGCGCCCGCGGCAACAGCUCGUCCAACCACCUGUACGGGGUGGCCGAGGCCGGGGCGCCCCCCGCCGACCCCUCCACCCUCUACCGAGACCUGCCAGCCGAAGACCCGCGGGGGCGCCAGGGCGGGGACGCCCCCACCGAGGACGACUACUGGGAGAGCUACGGGGGCGAGGACCAGCGGGGCGAGCAGACGUGCCCCGGCGCUGCCUGCCAGGCGACCCCGGACUCCCGCGGCCCCGCGCUCUCGGCCGGGCUCCCCACCCCUCUGCUUUGCGUCUUGCUCCUGGUCCCCCACCACCUCUGACUGCGGUGCUGAGACUGAAGAGGCCGGUGUGUCUCGCUCCCCCUCUUCCCUCAUCCCCAUCCCCAGCUGCGGCUCCGGCCCCAGUCCCCGCCCUCUGGCCCUGCGGCCUUGCUGCCUUCUUUCCGCUCCCAGCUCCUCUCUUCCCCUGGGACCAGGCCAUCUCUCCCUGCCUCCCAGGCUGCUGGCUUAUGGCAGCCCCAGGAGGACACAUCUGGUGGCUCAGCCCUGUUCUCCCCGACUCUGGCCGUUAACCCGUUCCCAUCCCAAGGCUGGGGUGGGCACCCCAGGCAGCCGCUGACCACUUCUCCCAGUGCCCACAGUGGACUCGGGACGGGCUUUGUCUGCAGAGCAUCUUCCACCAGCAGAGCCUUUGGAAGCUCCCGGGAAGGGAGCCCUGCCCAGGAGCCCUUUGGAGGGAUGCUUCAGUCGGGGCCAGGCCAACCCUAGGCCCCUGCUUAUCCUAGCACCCCUCAACCUCCCGACACUGGAGAAAUACUUUUCUCCUGUCUACCUUGGACACUUUUUAGGGUGCCUGGAGAGAGCUUUCCUCUCCACCGUGGCCCCUGUGUGGUGAAGAUCAACAGAAGUUGUUUGGGAAAAAAAAAAAUUUAUUAAAAAAUUCUAUUAUUUUAUCUUCUGUAAGAUUUGUUGGCUCAGGUCCUCAAAAGUGGGAGGAGGGCUUAGAACCAUCAGGCUUUCAGGGCCAGGAGGGUUUCAAAAAGGGGAACCAUUCCAUGCUAUCCAAGUGCUUCUUGCUGUUUUCCCAUGACAAGAAGCUGAAGCCUCAGGACCAGGGUUGUGACCCUGGAGUCCCAGGCAGGACAGGUGAAAUCUGAUAGCCAGGAGUGGGUGCUAAUGGCACCUCAGCUCCUCAUUUGUCCAGGAGAAGCAGCUACAUGCGACCCUGAGUUGUCUAUGCCUGAGGAGCUAAGCCUGGGGAAGGCCUCCAGCCUGGCUAACCGUUCUCUCUGAGGCUCUGUUCCUUCAGGAAGGGAGAGCAGUUCCCUCUUUCCCCUGCAACGAGGAGUAACAUGGACAGCCGUGGUCACAGCCAGCCCAAACAUGACUUUGGAUAAAUCUGAGAAAGGCACCUCUUCCUCAGGGGAACCCAGCCCCAUACCACAGCAAACAGAGCAUAAGGCUCACACUUGCCCCCUCACCUGAUUGCCCUUGUGCAGUGUACAGCCUGCACAGCUGUACACAGCAACCUUGUAGACAGAUGGUCUCUUUCCCUUGGCUCCUGUGAGGUAGAAGUCAUCAGGGAGGAAUCAGGUCAGAGAAGCAGUUCUCCAAGCAGGUUAGAGGCGAAAUCAAGGGGCUAGGGUGAUAAGAGGGGCAGGAAUCCCAAGCUGGGGUGUCUUGCUGGCUUGAGGUGUGAUCAGAAGCUUCAUCUUUCCAGUGUGUGGAGGGGAGGCUGGGGAAAGGGAAGAGCCCUGGCUAAGAAGGACUUGGUUGAGUCUCAUCCAACAGAAGCAACUGGGGAGACAUUUGAUGGUUUAAAUUUAGGGUUAAAAAAAUCUAACUUGGGAUCUGGGGAUGGAAAGAGACGGUACCUGGGUGCCAGGGCUCAAGGAUGCUGCGAUUCUGUGGCCCUGGCCAGACAAGUCAGAAGGACAGUGGGAAGAGGAGGCAGAAACGGGACAGAGUGAACAUCUAAGGCCUGAAGCUGGUGGACUUUGGAUAAAGAUGUGGGGUUGGGGUGGGAGGAUAGUGCCCCCCCAAGUCUGGGGUCUCAUGGGGGCCUGUGUCAGGCUGGCUUUGAGGAGACUAAUGAGGGGGCCUAGGGGGCCAGCCAGGCAAGAGCUCUGAGAGAGGGAUUGCUGGGGCCUGGGCAGGGGGAGGAGGGAAGAUGCUGGGAACUCAGAAGCAGGCAGUCCAGGUCACAGAAUUUUCGUUGUGAAAUAUUCAUGGGCCUUUGGUCCAGAUGCUAUUUCAGAGCAGUGAAAGCAAGAGGAGUGUGUG